UAGAAUUUGGCGGUGGUGGGGGGAGUUAAGCGCUAAGGAAGAGGAGCUCUCCCAAAAGUCUUAAAUUAGUUUAGAACUUUGCAUUCAUCCACACGGUUGCGCCUGCCGCGCGUCUUCUUGUCUAGUCCGUUCACUCUACACGCCUUGACUCAACGCCGUGCGUGCAAAUGCUCAAUCCUCUCGACAACAAUGGCGUCUUCUAUUCAUUCGUGUUUACUUGUCGCCAUCAUAAUAUUGACAUUGGCAUCUAAAACGACAUUGGCUCUGCCGGAAGUGAUUCGAAUUGGAGGAUUGUUUGAUAGCUCCGAUCCUAUGCCAGAAUCCGCCUUCCGGCAGGCACUGGAUCGCAUCAACGAAAAUGGCCGAUUUCUACCCAAAUCGAAUUUGGUUUCUUUAAGUGAACGUCUACCGCCCAACGAUUCCCAUUUCGCCUCGAGAAGAGUGUGUCAGAUGCUCCGCAACGGAUUGGCGGCUGUUCUUGGCCCAUCGUCGUCGUCGACUUCGUCUCACAUCCAGUCCAUUUGCGAUGCCUUGGAAAUUCCACACGUCAACACGGGCUGUCAAUCGAGACUCCGCCGGACCCACUACGCCAUCAAUUUGCAUCCGCACCCAACGGCUUUAGGGCAGGCGUACGUGGACGUCAUCCGCACCUGGGAAUGGACCGCAUUCACCAUUCUCUACGAGGAGGAGGAAGCCAUGGUGAGACUCCAGCACUUGCUCAAAGUCUCAACCACUUCCGGCUACAAAAUCAACGUGCGGAAAUUACCUCAAACGGAUAAUUACCGGCCACUUUUGAAAGAAAUCGAUGGCAAAGGAGAACGACAAAUUGUGCUGGACUGUUCGGCCGAAACCUUGGCCGUCGUUUUGAAACAGGCCCAGCAAGUCGGUCUGAUCACAUCUUCCUAUUCCUUCUUCAUCACAUCUUUGGAUCUGCACACACUGGACUUGGAGGAUUACAAGUACAGCGGCACCAACAUCACCGGACUGCGAUUGGUCGAUCUCAACAAGAUCAAAGCCGCUAAUUUGACCAAGGCGUACAGCAGUACCAGUCGCUAUUACAAUCCCGCUGUCAUGAACCCAAACGCAACUACUUUUACCACGGAGACGGCGUUGACUUACGAUGCGGUGCACAUGAUCGCCAAAGCGCUGGGCGAAUUGGAUCGCAGUCAGGACGUUCGUGUCAAACCGUUGAAUUGCGACGGCACCGACACUUGGAUUCACGGCAACAGUCUCAUCAAUUACAUGACCCUAGUGGAAAUGGAAGGUCUGACGGGCUUCAUCAAAUUUGACACGCAAGGCUAUCGGACCUUCUUUCAUCUGAACAUUUUGGAAUUGACGCCGGAAGGAUUGACGUCCGUCAGCUCGUGGAAUCCCAUCGACGGCGCCAACAUCACCCGGCCCACCACGACGGAGGCCACGCCCCUUUUGGCCGAUAGUCUCGUCAAUAAAACGCUGAUUGUUUCGUCCAAACUGAGCGACCCUUAUUUCAUGUUGAAAGAAUCGUCCAAGAUGUUGGCGGGCAACGACCGGUUCGAGGGAUUCGUGGUGGACGUCAUCGACGAAGUGUCGAAACUCUCGGGCUUCAAGUACACGCUGCAGAUAGUAGCCGAUUCCAACUACGGAUCACUCAAUCCGGAAACGGGAGAAUGGAACGGAGUCAUCCGCGAAUUACAGGAUGAGAAAGCGGAUUUGGGCAUCGCCGAUUUGAGCAUCACCUACGACCGGGAGCAGGCCGUUGACUUUUCCCUGCCCUUUAUGAAUACCGGCAUCAGCAUUUUGUACAAGAAGCCGCAGAAGCAGCCGCCCAGUUUGUUCUCUUUCCUGUCACCGUUCUCCGUCGAGGUCUGGAUUUACAUGUGCGCCGCUUACGUCGGCAUUUCCCUGUCGCUGUUCAUUCUGGCCAGGCUGACGCCACUCGAGUGGGUCAAUCCUCACCCGUGCGAUCCCAAUCCAAAGGAAUUGGAGAACAAUUUCAAUUUCCUCAACAGCACCUGGUUCACCAUCGGCUCGCUCAUGCAGCAAGGCUGCGAUUUAGCCCCAAAAGCCACAUCGACUCGAAUGGUGGCCGGCAUUUGGUGGUUCUUUACCAUGAUCAUCAUUUCUUCGUACACGGCCAACUUGGCCGCUUUUCUCACCAUCGAACGGGUCGAGUCGCCCAUCUCGUCCGUCGACGAUUUAGCCAAACAGACGAAAAUCAAAUACGGACUGGUCGAAUCCGGAACAACCGGACCCUUCUUCAGGGACGCCAAAAUCGCCAACUACCAGCGGAUGUGGCAGUUUAUGGAAGCCAUCAAUCGCUCGUCGACGCCCAGCAAUCCCGGCCCGUUCACCAAGAACACCAUGGAAGGCGUCAAACGCGUGCAGAACUCCAAGGGUCUCUACGCUUUCCUGAUGGAAUCGUCGACCAUCGAAUUCUUCACAGAGAGGAUCUGCGAUUUGACCCAAGUCGGCGGCAUGAUCGACUCCAAAGGCUACGGAAUAGCCAUGAAAACAGGAUCGCCGUACAGGGCGGCCAUCAGUCAGGCCAUCCUCAAACUCCAGGAAACCAAUCGGCUCCUGAUCCUCAAGAGUCGAUGGUGGAAGGAAAAACGAGGAGGCGGGGCUUGCAAAGACGAAGGUGGCGGGAGCUCGGCGGCCAGCGAACUGGGAUUGGCCAACGUCGGCGGAGUCUUUGUGGUCCUGGUGGGCGGCCUCCUGAUCGCCGCCUUCAUCAGUUUGUGCGAAUUCGCCUGGGAGGCUCGUCAAGUCGUCAACGAGCAAGGCGGAAGCUUCUGGAAGGGAAUGCUACGCGAAUUCCGCUCCGCCAUCCGCACGACCGGCAACAGCAAGCCCGUCAAACGCCGUUACGGCUCUUCCGUUCCUCGCAGCGAGUCGAAACUUUGAAUUGCCGAAAUUCUUUGUUAUCGACUGCUAAUAAUAUGAGGCGCCCAACAAUUUCGUCAAUUCUUUAUUUCAUCUAAUUAAAUAAUAUGUCGAGAUUGGAUUUGAUUAUUCGCAUGCUGGGCGGAUGUGUGGAAUGUUCGCUUAUUAUAACUUUGUUAACGCAAAUUCUUUCGGUAGUUUUCUAAUCGUGUAUUUGAAUUAUUAACUUUGUGUGAAAUGAAAUAAAUUAAACCAAGAAAAGUA